GUGGCCUACGUGUUAGGUGUGGAUUGAUCAGGCAUUUGGCUACAUGGUUUGAUAUAGAGGGUUCUUACCUGAUGGAUGGAUUUGUGGUACCGGACCUUGCGACUAGCCAGGUGGUACUGGUCGGUUGUCUGUGGGCCCGCCAUGAUGUAUGUGUUUUAUCCAUUCUAUCCAUCCACUUUUAUACAUCAUUUUAGGGCUUUAUCUAAAUCUAAAUCUCAGUUUACGACACCACAAUAAAAUAGUAGUGAUUAAAUGUCCACCUUUAAAAACCUUCUAGGGCUAGCUGUAAUGUUUAUUUGACAUCCAACCUUUUGAUUAGGUCAUACAGACUUCAGCUUGAUCUAAAACUUUUGUGGUUCAAGAAUUUUUUAAUGGUAGGUGUUAAAUCAACACUGUUUCCUAUGAUUUGGUCCACUUGAGAUUUUGUACUAUCUCAUUUUUGUAUCUUCUAUUAAAAUGAUAUGAAAAAGUAGAUGAACGGCGUGGAUGAAACAUAUACAUCAUGGUGGGCCCACAGACCGCCGGCCACUAGCCAAACCGCGUCCGUUGUACCUGCUCCGUAGCACAGGCGUUGUAAAGGAUUACGUUACUGUGAAUAUGCCUAUUUCUUUCCUCACACUUUUCCCUGUUUUUUCCGAAAAAGCUCAGAGCCAACGGCUAUAUUUUUGGCAAUGAGCUAGACCCUUUUUCCUGCAAAAAAUCCUGGCCUCUUUCCCGGCAAUGCUGGCCUCCGCAUCUCUGUACAUUUCUCAGCUUCAACUGCCCCAAAUUUCUCUUCGCUUAAUACCCUUCCAGCCAUUACCACCAUCAAACUACAGAAACAAAAGCAGCAUAAACGCCAAUAAAAUCCUAAAAAGCCCAUGUUUUUCCAGCAAAACCCCUUCAAUUUCCACCCAAGUAGAAAACCCAGAUGCCGAGUCGCCAGAUUCUUUGUAUUCUUUGUCCAUUGAGCGAUUUCUUCAUCCCAACGUGCUUGCUUUGAUGCUUCAGUCGUGUCUGGAUGCGAAAGAAGCUAGAGGCAUUCAUACAAUCAUUGCGAAAGGAUUAGGAAGAUCCAUAACGUUUGUAGAUAACAAUUUGAUCAGUACAUAUGGGAGAUUCGGUGAAGUAGCUGAUGCUCGUCGAGUGUUUGAUAAAAUGUCUGAUAGGGAUGUUGUUUCGUGGACGGCAAUGCUUAAAGAGUAUCUGAAAAUUGGAGCGAAUGGCACAGUUUGUAGGUUGUUUAAAGAGUUGAUUGAAAGUGGCGUUCAAGCCAAUAGCUCAACAUUUGUUUGUGUUUUAAAUAUGUGUGGUAGGAAAUUGGAUUUAGAGCUUGGGGAACAAAUUCAUGCUUCAAUUGUGAAAGGAAAUUGUAGCAAUUUGAUUGUGGACAGUGCUCUUGUUUUUUUCUAUGCACAGUGUGGAGAUUUAAUGGGCGCACUUAGGGUGUUUGAUAGGAUGCCUGAACGAGAUGUCGUUUGUUGGACAACAAUGAUCACGGCCUGUGCGCAACAUGGGUAUGGAGAUGAGGCUAUUUCAAUGUUUUCACAGAUGCAAUUUGAUGGAUUUAGCCCAAAUGAGUUUACAGUGUGUAGCACUUUGAAGGCUUGUGGAGAAGAGAAGGCUUUGAAGUUCGGGAGGCAGCUACAUGGUGCCAUAGUUAAGAAAAUAUUUAAAGAUGAUGUGUUUGUAGGUAGUUCCCUAGUGGGUAUGUAUGUGAGAUGCGGGCAGGUGUUAGAUGCUAGAAUAGUGUUUGAUAGGAUGCGGAGGAGAAACACAGUUACAUGGACUACUAUGAUUGCAGGAUAUGCACAAAAUGGGCUAGGUGAGGAGGCCAUAAGAUUGUUUCAGAGAAUGAAACGGCGGCGUGUAUUUGCUAAUACCUUGACAGCUGUUAGUGUUCUCAGCGCUUGCGGUUUGAUAGGAUCUCUAAGCAUGGGAAAGGAAGUACAUGCAAAGAUUUUGAAGAAUAUGAUUGAGAACAAUCUGUAUAUUGGGAGCACCCUUGUGUGGUUUUAUUGCAAAUGUGGGGAGUAUGUUCACGCGACAAGGGUUCUAGAAUCCAUGCCUUUGAGAGAUGUUGUCACGUGGACUGCCAUAAUUUCGGGCUAUGCUCGUCUUGGGCAUGGCUCAGAAGCUCUGCAGUCCUUGAAUGACAUGUUAUGGGAAGGUGUGGAGCCGAACCCAUUUACUUAUUCUUCAGCUUUGAAAGCAUGUGCCAAGCAAGAAGCUGUGAGGCAAGGGAAAUGGAUUCAUUCGUCUGCAAAUAAGACCCAUGCUUUGUCUAACGUCUAUGUGGGAAGCUCACUUAUCGACAUGUAUGCUAAAUGCGGAUGUCUUGAGGACGCCAUUCGAGUCUUUGAUAGGAUGCCGGAGCGCAAUUUAGUCUCGUGGAAGGCAAUGAUUAUAGGUUAUGCAAGGAACGGGCACUGCCAAGAAGCUUUAAAGCUCAUGUACCGAAUGCAAGCAGAAGGUAUUGAGGUGGAUGACUUUAUCCUCGCGACAGUUGUUACUGCAUGUGGGGAUUUCGAGCGUGAUUCUGAGGGUUCACAGACAAGUUGCUUGCAAUCUAGUUGAGUUCUAGCUUUGAGAAAUCAUCAGUGGCGAACUGGGUUGGAUUGGAUCCAAUGUGACUGUGAUCGUUCUCUUCCAAAGCUACAUUGUUUGGCCAUGUGAAGCAAAGGACAUCCAUUGGUUUGAACCAGUAGCCUUUGGUCCUUGCAAGGAGUGAUAUAUGUUGUAUUGAUAUGGGUAGGAACUGGAACAAAGGCAGAAAACUGUGGAUAUUCCUUAAGGUUUUCUUAUGGACCGCUACAUGUCGUGCAUGGAUACUGCUCCUCUUUUCAGAUAUCCAUGUAGCAUUGAAUUGCCUGACUACAAGAUGUUGUAUGUGACUAUAUUGUUAUGCAGUUGAAGUCAACUUGCUCGAUUUUGAUU